GCACCUGAGCACUCCCCAUACAUAUACAGCUUUACCGAGCUGCAGCUGCCAUGAUUCCUCCAUGGCGUGACCGCUUUCGCCAGCUUGUCUUUAGCUUCGUGCUUCUACCUCCCUCCCUCACUCCCCCCAAGUGUUGGCUCCCGCUGUCUGAGUCGUGGUCGCAGUCCUCGUCGUUCUCACUUCUCCCCCGAUUUUAUCCAGGUUCCUUCAGCUGUGCCGAGGAAUCAACUACUACCUUCUUAGACAUGUCACCAGAAGAAACUGCGCUUCUGUAGGAGACUCACCAUAGUCUAUAGCCGGCCGCGGCCAUGGUUGUGCAGUUCUGUGGAGGUAUAUCUGUUCUUCAAGAACUGUUUUUUCGGUGACCGUGCUACGUUGCUACGACUACAUCCUGACAUGGGACCGUGAAAUCAAGUUUAUAUGGAAGGCCGACCUCUCGUUUGCAACUUCACUUUACUACGCUUUCAGAUAUACCGCGCUAUUCAAUACAAUCAUGAUAUUGCUUACUCAGAUUGCAUGGACAAGUUGGCAAUCUAUUUCGAUGCCAAUCAUUGGUACAUUACCGCGCCCGGCUCGCGCUUCCCAUCGGU